CGGAUAUAGUGAAUGCAGGGUCCUGGGAGACCAGAUAUAGUGAAUGUAGGGUCCGGGAGACCAGAUAUAGAGACCAGAUAUAGUGAAUGCAGAGUCUGGGGAGACCGGAUAUAGUGAAUGUGGGGUCCAGGAGACCAGAUAUAGUGAAUGUAGGGUCUGGGAGACCAGAUAUAGUGAAUGUAGGGUCCGGGAGAGCAGAUAUAGUGAAUGCAGGGUCUGGGGAGACCAGAUAUAGUGAAUAUAGGGUCCAGGAGACCAGAUAUAGUGAAUGUAGGGUCCAGGAGACCAGAUAUAGUGAAUGUAGGGUCCGGGAGACCAGAUGUAGUGAACCAGCAUAUAGGGCAGGGUCCGGGGAGACCAGAUAUAGUGAAUGCAGGGUCCGGGGAGACCAGAUAUAGUGAAUGCAGGGUCUGGGG